AAGGUUUUUCCUUCCUAGGGUUUUCCUCUCUCUCUCUCGAUCUCGAGAUCUCGAGGUCUCGAUCCAAACGUCAUCAGAAUCGCCAGGGCGUUGCUGUUUACCCUCUAGAUGAGAUUUCUCUGCAAAUUUCGGUGGUGAUCUGAGAGGCGAAGUCUUGUACGUCUGGAUAUCUAAGGAUUCGAUCAGUGAUGGCGGUGCCCUCGCAUUCUGCUACCAUAGCUGAUGCUGUGCACCGGAUCCAGUUAGCAUUGCUUGAUGGCGCUGCCACCUCCGAGGGCCAGCUUCUUGCUGCCGGCACUCUCCUCUCUCAGCCGGAUUAUGAUGAUGUUGUUGUAGAACGGUCCUUGGCCCGACUGUGCGGUCAUCCUCUUUGCACCAAAGCUUUGUCCUCCACUGCUGACUCCCAGCGGCGUCGGGGUCGGUACCGGAUUGCACUCCGGGAGCACAAAGUGUAUGAUCUUGAGGAAACUUAUAAGUACUGCUCCCAAGCUUGCUUAGUUUCUAGCCGUGCAUUUGCAGAGAGCUUGGAGAGGGAGAGAGUGGGUGAUGUGAGCUUGAAGGUGGAUGGGGUUUUGAGGGUGUUUGGGUUGGGUAAAGAUGAGGACUUGCCUGCAGAAAAAGGGUUGGGGAUUGGGGAUUUGAAGAUUAAGGAGAAGGAGCAGGCUGGUAAUGGUGAUGUCUCCAUGGAAGAAUGGUUGGGACCAUCUGAUGCCAUUGAAGGCUAUGUUCCCCUGCGAGACAGAAAACAAGGGGCUAAAUAUAUGUCUGAAGAUGAAUCCACAAAGAUGGUGGAUGAUGCUGGUAAUGGUGAGAUGGGAUUUACAAGUUGUCUAAUCAUGGAGAACGAGUUAUCUGUGCCUCAAUCCGAUAAGUCUUCUGUACAUCAGCAAGAUAUUUCAAAUAUGAUUGCUAAACAAUUGGAAAAUCUGGCAAUUGAAGAGAAAAAUUCUCCCAGAGAAAGAACUUCUGGUAAAACUCGGAACAGAAAGGCAAUGAAAAAGGUUAACGCAUGCAAGGCUGAAGAGGAGAUUAAGAGGGCUGCAAUUGUUUGUGAACAGUCAAAAGCAACCCCUCCUAAUAAGCAUUCUGUUGUGCUUGAGGAUCUCUCAGAGCAGUUGGGUAAGGAGUUGGAAGAGAGGUUGCACUUGGAGAAGGAAACAGUGUCAAAUGGAGCUGUGUUGAAGUCUUCCUUGAAGAGUGGUGGAUCGAAGGAUGGAAAGACUGUUACUUGGGCAGAUGAAACUUAUAAAGCUCCAGAAAAGAAGGAUGCUGACCAUGGAGGCAGUAGCAAUGCACAAGUAUCACACGAUGAUGCUGAUGAGGAUUUGAGGCUUGCUUCUGCCGAGGCUUGUGCUGCUGCUUUAAUCAGGGCAGCUGAGACUGUUGCCUCAGGAACUUCAGAUGCCACAGAUGCCGCUUCUGAAGCUGGAAUCAUUAUCCUGCCACAACUGCAAAAUAAUGAAAAAGGGGGCAUCGAGGAAGAUGAGGAAAUGUUUGAACUUGAUCGAGGACGUGUUAAAUGGCCUACAAAGCCUGUGCUUCUUGAUACUGAUAUGUUUGAAGUUGAGGAUUCGUGGCAUGAUACUCCACCUGAGGGUUUUAAACUGACUUUGUCAUCAUUUGCAACGAUGUGGAUGGCACUUUUUGGAUGGAUAACAAGUUCUUCUAUAGCCUACAUUUAUGGGUUCAAUGAAAGUUCCCAUGAAGAUUUUCUUACUGUAAAUGGAAGGGAGUAUCCACGAAAGAUUAUCCUUCAAGAUGGCAAGUCUUCUGAGAUCAGACAAACUCUUGAUAUUUGUGUUGGUCGUGCCAUACCUGCGCUUGUUAUGGAUCUCAGAUUAUCAUUGCCAGUUUCCUCUCUAGAGAAAGCUGUGGGACAAUUACUUGAUACAAUGUCUCUCAUCGAGGCUGUGCCGGCCUUCAGAACAAAACAAUGGCAUGUGAUUGUUCUUUUAUUUCUUGAGGCCUUAUCUUUGCACAGGCUUCCAGCUCUUGCUCAGCAUAUGGCCAGCAGGAAUACACUAUUGCAUAAGGUGCUAAACCCUGCUAAGAUCACUUCAGAGGAAUACAAAACCAUGGUAGAUCUUAUAAUCCCUCUGGGUCGAGUGCCCCAAACAAACUCACAGACCCAAUGAUAGGCGAUGGCUUCAUACGAGAGGCUGAAACAGAUCAAUGUUCUUCGCGACUCUAUAUGUUAUUUACUUUUUCCCUAAAUGGACCAUGUACAUAUCCUUCUCAAAAUUCUACAUCAUCUUUGUAACAUGGACACAAAAAAUAAACAUAUGUGGUAUCACUGAAUUAUGUAUAUUAUUUUGGUUGAAGAGAAAGCAUUACAAGUUAGCAUUUAUUUGUUGA